GCCGCUGACAGGUUCACCUUGCAUGGAAUGAGGAAUGAGAUCACAAGGAUCGAGGCAAUCGAGUGCUCUUUUUGAAGAUCGUCGCUGGAUUCUCCGUCAAAGAGGGUGGGACCUUGCCGUUCUGGGGCUCGCAAAACUCCUUUGGGAGCUGCCCAUCGCCCUGCACCUGGCGGGUGCCACCAUGGCCGAACUGGGGGUGAACAAUUUGCCGCAGUUCAGCAGCUUCUCCAUGCUCUAUGCCAAGACCAAAACUGAGCGCCGUUGUGGGGGUUACUGGGUGCGGCAUGCGAGAAACCUGAAGUAUUGGAGAUCAGAUUCUCAGGCACCAGAGGACUCCGGCCCAGCGAUCUCCAAGACACCGACAAAGCUCACAUCGACAAUCACAGAUGAAGGCGAGCGGUCCGGCGCGUAUCCUGUCGACCCCAUUAUCACCAGGAUCCGUCGCCUCUGCUUUGCAUACUUGGGCCUGCAGCAAAAGACGCUCGAUAUGUUCUGCAAGAAGCUGGGAAACAGGCUUGAAUCCCUUGGUCUGUACGACGUCAAGCUCCAUGACGGCCGCUGGGCAAACGCUGACGAUAUUCUACGCACUAAGCUGGCGCCAGGUCCAGCCGUGGCACGCCACAGCUUGGCCGGGCUUCAAUGGGGCGACUUUGCAGCGGCGCAAUCCGAGGCAUCGAGCCCAUUGGAAGAAGGGAAUCAUCAAUCAGCGGUUCGCAGUACAGAACCGCUGGAGUGGCAGAUCGAGAGGUACAUUGCUGGCGAGCUGGAGCACAACCCAAUGCGGGACUGA